AAGCUUCAUCCCAAGGGAAGAGAGAGAGAGGGAACUGGAGGGCUUGGCUUGUGAGUUACCUCGCGUGCGGUCCCUUCAUAAAUCCGCUAUCGCCGUUACCAGUAGCACCCAUCCUCUUUCCCAAAUCCACAGCGCCGAUCGACGGAACAACCCCAAACCCCGCUGCACCGCCCAGGGUUUUGCUAGGAAGGGCCGAUUCAUGGCGGAUCGGGGUGUUGUCGUCGUGAAAACCAUAUGGAUGAAGCAGGCGGAGGAGGCCAAACUCAAGAGCGAGGCCGAGAAGGCUGCCGCCGCCAAGGCCGCCUUCGAGGCUACCUUCAAGGACGUUGAGAAGCCCAAGGAGAAGGAUGACUCAUCCGACAGCGACGGGGACGAGGGCGAGAACCUCGCCAGCAAGCCCCUCGGCCCCGUCGACCCCUCCAAGUGCUCCGCCGCUGGCGCCGGCAUCGCUGGAGGCACCGCCUGCUCCCCCUCCACCUUCACCGUAGUCACCAAGGACUCCGACGGCAGGAAGAUCCCCUCCGGUGGCGCCCACCUCAAGGUGAAGAUCUCCCCUGGCGUCGGGGUCGGCGGGUCCGAUCAGGAGGGAAUCGUUAAGGAUCAAGGGGACGGGACGUAUACCGUGACCUACGUUGUGCCCAAGCGUGGGAACUACAUGGUCCAUGUGGAGUGCGACGGGAAGCCAAUCAUGGGGAGCCCGUUCCCGGUGUUCUUCAGCACCAGUACGACAGUAGGGACCACGGGCAUGCCGGCCGCGGCGAGCCCGUUUCCAAAUAUGGUCAACCAGACAAUGCCCAACAUGCCCAAUUACUCAGGGGCAGUAUCUGGGGCAUUUCCGGGGCUUCUUGGGAUGAUCCCUGGUGUCAUCCCCGGUGCCUCUGGUGGAGUGGUGUUGCAAGGAAUGGGAGCUUCAUUGGGGGAGAUCUGUCGGGAGUACCUCUACGGUCAAUGCACUAAGACCGAUUGCAAGUUCAACCACCCACCGCAGAAUUUGUUAAUGUCGGCACUGGCUGCGACGACCACGAUGGGGACCUUAAGUCAGGCCCCGAUGGCCCCUUCGGCAGCUGCGAUGGCUGCUGCUCAGGCAAUUGUUGCUGCAAAGGCCCUUCAGGCACAUGCUGCCCAAAUGCAAGCACAGUCGUCUGGAGAUACACCUGGCUCUCCUGACAAGGCUGCAAAGGCUGAUGUUCUGAAGAAAACCCUGCAAGUCAGCAAUCUUAGCCCCCUUCUUACUGUGGAUCAACUUAAACAGCUAUUUGGUUAUUGUGGUACUGUUGUCGAUUGUACCAUCACAGAUUCAAAACAUUUUGCUUACAUAGAAUACUCUAAGCCAGAAGAAGCAACUGCGGCUUUGGCACUGAACAACAUGGAUGUUGGUGGCCGUCCAUUGAAUGUUGAAAUGGCAAAGUCCCUACCUUCAAAAUCUGCUCUUGUGAACCCUUCAUUACCAUUAAUGAUGCAGCAAGCAGUUGCUAUGCAACAGAUGCAAUUUCAACAGGCAUUGUUGAUGCAACAAACAAUAGCCUCUCAGCAGGCUGCUGCUCGGGCAGCAACAAUGAAAUCUGCAACAGAGAUGGCUUCAGCCAGAGCUGCUGAGAUAAGCAAAAAAUUGAAAGCAGAGGGUGUAGGUGAUGAGGAUAAGGUGGUUAACAGAAAAUCCAGGUCGCCAUCUUCCUCUCGCCAAAGAUCCAAGUCUCGGUCAAAGUCACCUAUUAAGUAUCGUAGAAGCAGGCGGUCUCGCUCUUUCUCGCCAAUAAAAUACUCCCGAGAUCGAAGGUCGAGAUCCCCAAUAAGAUCACACCAUUCAAAUCACGGCACUGAAAGGUCAUACAGAGAUGAUCGGGACAGCUAUAGCAGGAGUGGAAGGCAAGAAAGAUCUCGUGAUCAUUAUUCCUCUCAUUCAAGAAGACAUCGAAGUAGGAGCUCAAGUCCUAGAUUGAAAAAAUCAUCUCGAGCUAGUUCAACAUCACCAAAGAAUCAUAGAGAAAGUUUAAGUCCCAGAACAAAGAAAUCAUCUCGAGCUGGUUCAAGGUCACCAAGGCAUCACAGAGGAAGCAGAACAUCUCCUGUACGUGACCAUCGGUCCUCUCGCCACAGUAGGCACUCCAGAUCAAGAUCAGCAGAGAAAAGGCAUCAUUACGAAAAAGAAGAUACAAAAAAAUCUGAAAGGAGGAAGGAGGAUGGUAAAAGAUCUGAUGGAAGAAACACAUCUAGUAAAGAUGCAAAAGAUUCUAGGGAACCAAAGGAAGUUAAGCCUGAUUAUUCUGCAGUCAGUCAUAAGAGGGGCUCUUUGGUAAAUGUGGAUGAAGCCUUGAAGAAUGAGAAAGGCAUUGGCAAACAUAAAAAGUCUAAAUUGGAUGAUGAAAGUUCUGAGAAAACUGAUGAUCAAAAUCUCAUCGUGGACGACUUUAAGAUGAGUGAAGAUAAGAGGUUUUCUUCUACAACAUCAAAAUCACACAGAAGUUCCACAAAUGAUGAUAAUAAUCACGCUGAAAAUCAAGAUUUCAGCAGGCAUGAGAAGUCAGGAACAAGCUAUAAGAAACAUGGCAGAAGUGAAUCUGCUUCUAGGGAAAGGGGAUCUGCAACUGGAGAAUCUAAACAAUUGAGGGAUGACAGGGCUUCACAUCACUCAAGUUUGAGAUCUCACAGAAGUUCACGGCAGUCGGGAGAAAAGUCCUCCAAGGAUAAACUAGAUAAGCACAAACUGGAGAAACCAAAAGACCACCAUGAAAAGCCUCGGGAAAAAUAUGAUGUCAUCAAACAGUCGGAAACUGCAGAUAGAAGGCCGGAAAACAUCAAUGAUUCUCCAGAAGUAAAGCCGUAUUCUACUGAUGGUAGAGUGCAAAAAGAAUCAGAGAAUCCUAAGGUAGAUAAAAUGUUUGAACGAGAUAACAGGCAUUUGGAGAGCAGUGACUCUAUGGACACCAAACAAGAUCAUAUUGGUUGUUGUUUUGAUGGACUGAACAAAGAUUGUAAUGUUGAUAAUUUGAAGACCCUCAAGACAAGCCCAGCAUCAGAGGAGCAUGCAAAACUUAUAAUAGGUACAAAAGAUAAUAGUGAAAUGAAAAAUUUAGAGAUGGAGUCAGGGAAGAUGGAAACUUAUGAUUCUGUUGAGAAUAAAAGACAUCAUCGACCAGAUGCUGCUGAUAUGAUGAUCAAGUAUCAGGAUGACAAUGGUAAUGGAUCAAUAUACCUUGACAGUGAUACUCCACCUGGCAAAACAGAUCCAAACAUCAAGAAAAUGGAAUGCAUUAACUAUGAAUUUGCAGGAUCGAGAAGAGAUGGCCCUAGUACCUAUAUCUCAGUAUUGAGCACUCGCAGCAUGAGUCCCGAAAAUUCAAAUGUGGGUUCAAAUAAGUUUGCUGACUUUACUAAUCAAGAGUAUAUCAAACAUGAUUCGGCUGACACAGAAGAAAAUUUGCUACCAAAGGUUGUUCCUGAGCAUAAAUUUGUUGACUCUGAGUCAGAAGGAUCACGCAAAAAUGAAAUUGCUGGGUACUUCUCAAAGUUUGUUGCUCAUGAGAGUUCUGUAGUGCAGGGCUCUUGUCUUGUGGAUGGAGCUUAUGCUGAUGAUAUUCCAGAAUCCUUGACCAAGAUGACUGUUAAUUCUCCUUCAUUGGAUGAUUCAACAAAUUCAACAUCACAGAGUUGAGGAUGUGUUUUGUGGAAGACAGCUCAAGUUGCCAUGAGACAGCUCAUCAUGAUAUAUCAAAAUCUAUUAUAGGAAACCUGAAGGAUGAAGGAUUCAACUUUAGAAGCGAAGUUUUUCUUAUUCUAUUAAGAAUUAUUCUCCUGGUAAGCUGAUAAUGAUGCAAUGUUUAGUGCUUCAAUCUGCGCGUUUGCCCUUGCAGGUUGGCGAAGACCUGGAACAUUUCUUGGAGCAUAUUGGAGCUAGUAGUACAAUCAAGAUAUGCUUGUUUCCUGUCUGCAGUAAUGGUUUUAUAUUGUUGGACGACUGUAUUGAAUUUGUUCCAAUGCAUAUUACAUGACAAUUGGCAUAACCUGGUUGGUGAAAUUGUUCUAGUUUCUGGUUAUAUUCCUUUAUUAGGUACUGAAGUUUGUUUUUACUUUCAAAGGCAUUUGUUGUCUACAGUUAUUCCCCCGUCAUUUCUUUUUCCAUAUCCAAAUACUGUCUGAUGCCUUAAAAGAUUUGAUAUCUGGGGCUAGCAGUUUAAUAUCUGAACAAAAUGCAGGGAUUUUCUGCUGUAGACUUAUUGAAUGUUAGGCGGUGGAUGGAUGAAGCAUUACUUUUGAGGCUGCUGUAUUAAAAGUCCAAUGUAAGUGAUCAGCAUGAUUUAAUUGUUGGUUGUCUGAGCAAUCACAUCCUUGAGGGUUGGUAGAACAUCUUCCUGGACUUCUCGAUUCGUAUUUCAAGAUGUAACUUCAUAUGAUAAGCCUCCUUUCUGACCCCCUUGUCUUGCUUCAUAUUUUGUUGGUUGGCUGGAUAAAAGGUGUUAAAGUGGAUUACCAUUGGAGCAUUUCUCAGCGCAAGUUGUCUAAGUUUUGCCUCUAAUGCAGGAAAGGAUCUGCUUCACUUGGAUAGAGAGAGGGUAAGAUGCUGAUAUGUCAACAAUUCAUCUCCAGGUAGUGCCUAAAAUUUGCUCGGCAGUCAACAUUCCUUGAUGUGUGCUACACUGGUCCAAAAGCAUUGCUUUUUCUGGCUAUUUUUCAUUUGUUUGCAUAGGGUUAUUUCAUGGAUGGGUAGGAUUGAGCAUAUUACUAGUAUGCAGGCAGAGACUUAUGUAUCCUUCUAGCUGUUCAGUGACAGCCAGUGUUUGAAUGGCGGUAGAAGUUGGUUUCUUAUGUCGUUUUUCUGUCAAUAGUCAUUUUUUGCUCAAAAUUUUCUGUUCUUUUGGGUGCCCUAAUCAUGUCAGAUUUUAAACAUGAGGUGAUUUCAUCAAAAAAUGUGCAAAAAUAUGAAUUAGUUCCAUCA